AUGGUCGCAGAAGCCACGUGCCUAUGCUUGUCGUUCAGGAAUAUUCUCAAAAUUGGCAAUUUACAGGGUUUCCAAGCGCUUAGGAAGUUGUGCCUAGACAACAAUAUUAUUAAAUCAAUCGAUAAUCUUGAUCACCUGGUGAACUUGACAUGGCUUGAUCUAUCUUUCAAUUGUAUUAGCGCAAUAAACGGCCUUGAGAAGCUGGAACAUUUGAGUGACCUUUCCCUGUUCAACAAUCUGAUCGAUGAGAUACAGGGCUUAGACCAUUGUCGAAAAUUGCAAUGCUUAUCGCUCGGAAACAAUAACAUUGUUGCGCUUGAUAGCAUUGUCAAAUUGCGAUGUUUUAAGAAUCUGCAGCUUCUAAAUUUGGAAGGGAAUCCUGUGUCCAAGGAAGGAGAAUAUCGAAUGUAUGUUUUGGCAUAUCUCAAUGACCUGACUUACUUAGAUUAUUCGAUGGUGGUAAAAACAGAAACCGUGGCUGCCCGCGAACAGUACCAAGAUGAACUUCUCGAUGUAGAAGAGAAAGAGGCAUUGGAAGAGGAGAAAGCAGCACGAGAGAACGCCGCUUCAAAACAUACCGCAAAAUUGCGAGCAGCAAACUUGGCCGUUGUCGAGACCAUAUUUGAUGACAUGUUUGCUGAGGACACUGAAAUGACAAAGUUGAAGCAUCUGCCGGGUAUUAGUGACAUUGUCAACUCAUUCCAGAGCGAGGUGGAAUCGGCAUCCGAUUUAUUUUUACAAACCGGCCUAGUAAAGGAUCAGCAGAAGUCCCGCGAGAUUCAACUGUUUGAGACUGCAGUUCACAACCUGAGGGUGCAAUAUGCUUCUGAAUCGGUCAAUAUGAUCGAGACCUUUGGAAGGUCAAAGAAACGUAGCUUAAGAGAGCUUGCCUCUCAAUCCCAUGUAGAACAGGACGACCUCGACCACCUGCGUGUCUCUUUAACAAACCUCUCCAGCGCGUUGAUGGAUCUUGAAAUGCGGCAAGUUGAACAAUUCGAGGAUCUAAUGGGCAAGUUUGAAAAUAAAUUUAGUGAGAUCAAGAUUUCUUGUUUGGAGGGCCAGCAGAGUUACUUCAGAAUCGUUGAAGAACAUGAAAACAAUUAUACUCGAGAUCUUAUGCAACUUGUUAAUGAGCUAUUGGAGAAGGCGUCAAAAGAGGAACUCCCCGGUGAUAUUCCGGACGAAGCAAGCUCGCUUUUGAUCGAUCGCGAUACUUGCAUGAAUGCUAUUACAGGAUCGCACGAUAUUCAUGUUGGCCGCCUCUAUAAAUUCGAAGACGAAGUAAAAAAUAACGAAGAGACGCUUUGUAAGCGAACCAUUCGGAAUUAUCGGGAGGAUGAACACACUCGAAGCCGCAACAGGAUAGUUGAGCUCAAAGCCUUCGAAGAUGCUUGUUUGAAUGAACUGAUGGAUAUGGUUUCCCGUGAAGUCGAUGACGAUGUUGACGGUGAUCCAGAGUGA